UUUGAAUUUGACAUCCUUGGCGCCUGACCGAAAUGAUGUUGAUAGUUGCUCAGUGGAAUUGUGUGAUAAUUCAUUUAGAUUUCGGAAUGCAAAUGCUGAGAACUGCGAACUUUUGAGUGAUAAAAUCAUAUUUUCUGAGAAGGUUUCUCUUCAGAAACCAGAAAUUGAUGCAUACUUGUUAGAAUUUCUUUCUGAAAAAGUGGGAUGCUUGUUGAUCAAAGAGUCAUACGUCUUUAUUCCUCUGUCAGUAGACAUUCAUCCAACAAUUUUGUACUUUUGAACAAACAAUUUUCGUUUUAAAUACUCGUGAUAUAUUAUCUCUAUUAAAUGUGUGGCUCAAUAUGAAUUGAAAAUAUCUUAUUAUGAAUGCAUUUGAUCAGCCUGUAUUGUAAUAUCAAUGAGUUCUGGAGAUGGUGUGUAAGGAGGAUGUGUUAUUAUGGUUCAAAGACUUGGACAGUUAUAAAAGGAUAGAUGUAUUAUAUGACUUAUUGAAUAUGUGUCUCCCCUUUGAAUUGCGGUUCCUAGGAAGUUGUGUGGAGGAAAUUGGUAAACAUACGUAUCAGGAACUUCGUGGUCCAGCACUCUUGGCUAAUGAUUACGAAAAAUUAACUAAAGAUGCAACUUUAAAUCAAAGUUUGCUGGAUGAUACUAUAAGACAUCGUGUAUUGAUAUAUCUGUCACUUUUAAGUAGUAAGAACUAUACUGUAGCUAAUUGGUUAUAUAAAAACUUCUUGAGGACAGAGUGCGUGGAAGAGUUUCUCCUUAAAACUAGUGUAAAAAGUGAUAAUUUACUCAGUGAAUUCUUAUUGUUGUACACAAUGGCAUUACAUCAUCCUGCAUUUACCUUUGAACAAAAAUUAUUUUUUGGCAAUUUAUUGAAUCGAUUGGUGGAGUACAAAGAACAUAAGAACAGAUUUUCACCAAAGCCCAGCAUGUAUGGUUAUCCUCCAGGGUUUGGAUUCCCUACAUUCAAGGCAGCAAAUACUACAGACAGUUCUUCAAUACCAAUCAAAGCUAAUAUGACCAUGUCAUAUGGUGAUUUGAAAGUACCAUUAGCUAGUCUUCAUCCUAUGGUACCACCACAGCAGCCACUGGAUUAUACUGCCACUAUUUGGAAUAGGCCAGGAGUCCACUGCGGUGCACCAGAGUUUCAGGUACCCCCAUUUCCUCCACCGCCUUCCAUAUCGCCGCUAGUCAGUCAAGCGGGAACACCGACCCACAGCAGGAGCACGUCGCCUCAUCGAACCACAACAACGGUCAACGUCCGAAUGCCGCUUACAGCCAGGCCGCCCCCAGCACCCCUGCCUAACGUGGAUGUAAUGCCGCCCCCAGUAGCUAGCGUUCUACCACCUUUGUCUCAGCCAGUGUCAAUUGAUCCACUACCCCAUUCUAGUCUGCCGCCAAUGUUCGGCGCCAAUUCUGCGGAUCUGAAACUUCCGGAUGAUGAGUUGAACCAGCUGCCGGAUGCCCAGUUAGCUGAGACUCCAUGGAUUCCUCCAAGGGGAAUAGUACCAGACAACCUGAAGCCGCCCAAUGGUCUCUGCUACCCUCCGCAAUACCCUCAUAAGAUGCCAGUACCAUAUCUAAUCGAGCAAAUGCAGGCAUUGAAUAUGGAAGGGGAAAAUUCCUUACAUCACUCGAAUUCGUCUAGCAAUAGCAGUUUGAACCAGUCCCCGCCCGAAACACCUACAGUCAUGCCACACGGACCAGGAAGGGGACCAGAGAAACCCAGAAUGAACGGAAUACCCCCACCUCCUCCCUCCACAACAUUUAUCAAUAACCUGCCCCCUAUGUGUGAUACUACCCCACCACCUCCGGCUUUUAAUAACUGUACGGUGCCUUACACAAGUUACCCUGCAACCUUCAACCAGAUGCCCCCUAACAGGUCUAUAUUCCAGUACACAACUCAACCAUAUUGUAGGCCUCAUUUCAGUGCUCCGUUUCCAAACUAUCAGAAUUCCGAAAACACAAUACCACCCUACACAGUUCCUUACGUCUCCAUUCUAUAUUCUAGCCCUCAGUUUCCUCCCAGACACCCUACUGGUUGUUACAAUUGCGGAGCGACCGGACACAUUGGCCAAGAUUGCACUGCUCAGAACAUUGAGGAAAUCACCCAGAAGAAGGCAUUCAGCCUGGACUAUAAUAAUGCGAUACGAGAUGCAGAAAAUAAGUAGAAUUUAUUUUUUAUUAGAUGUAAUAAUCAAACAGUUACCGUACUGUUUUAUUAUUUUUGUUUCUCCAGAAAGAUUCGUGAUCUUUUGUAAUCUAAGCUGAAAUUAAUAACUUAGCUAGGUGCUUUUUUAAGUAUUUGUCUCAUCGAAGAGUUCUCUAUUCUGAUUUAGGAAAACUUCUUAGCAUCAUAACCUAUUUUGCGCAAUGUGACAAGUGACAUAAUUAUCACUCAAAUGUGGCGUUUAGAGUUAUAUCAUAGUCUAAAGCUGUUCUCCAGAUUCAUAAAAAGAUUCAUCAAAAUGAUUGCUAAAGAUGCUCAUGAAUUUUUAAAUGAUGGCAAUGACACCUGGCAGCAGUGAACAGUAUUGUUUAGUAUUGCUAUUAAAUAUUAGGUUGAGGCCUUCCGAAUUUUCUGAUUUCUUAAAGUUUCCAUUGAAUGCAUACAUUCUAACAGUGUAUCGAAUUUUUGUUCAUUUGAAAGGGAGUUAUUGCAGAGUGACUUCCCUGAAUACCUUGUUAGUAUUUUAUUUUGUCUCAAUGUUUAAACGAAUUUUAUUCGUAAAUGUAGCUUCAUGAGUUCUCAACUUAUUUAAUCAAAAUUUCAUUCUCACCUAAUAUAUUUAAUUUAUCCGCUGGAAUAAUCUAUAUUCUUAUGAGAAAAUUUUUAAUUUUGUUAUUGAACCAUUCAUUUAUGAUACUUAUUGGAAAUUAUUCAAAAACAUGAGUGUUCGAAGACUUGUAACACUCAACGAUUUUUGAUAUUCACAGACUGCAAUUUGCCAAAGAAAAAGCUUGACCAAACGACAAAAUUAGCUAUAUUUUUUCCAAAGCACAAACUUAAGUAUAAAAUCCUUUUUUGUUUUUAAUGGAGAAUUAUAAAAUUUUUGGCAAAAUAGGUACUCGUCAUUAAAUUUAAGAACUGUUUUCCUAAAAAAAAAUUUUUGAAGCGACCCUUUUGUUAUUCGAGUUCCUUCAAAAUCUCAGACAGUUUCACAGUUAGUACUUAUCAGUUUAUUUUAUACUUGUUUUAGUAAGGUUCAAAUUGGCCACACCUAGAAUUUUUACUCUAACUCAACCUGUGUUUGUUGUUUUGUUAUUUGUUAUUCGUGAAUUUUUCAGUUGAAUAUAUAUUGUUCUGUAAUAUAUCAUGAUUUGAUUGUAUAUAAAAUUAGGUAUUUAAUAGUUAUCAUUUAAAUAUUGAUAUAUUUCUAAUACAAUCAGUAUGUGACUGAAAGUUUACUUAAAAUCAUUAAUGUGAAAUAAAAAUUUUCUAAUAUGG